UGAGGGGUUGGGCUGGGGUAGAUUUGGGUAUUCUUUUAAUCUUGGGUUGGGGUAGAUUUGGUUAUUCUUUGUUUCUUUCAUUCCAUUUUCUGUGUAAAGCAUUUUGUGCUACAUGUUGUGUAUGAAAAGUGACAUAUAAAUAAAGAUUGAUUGAUAUACACAUUAUGAUUUAUAUCUGUAUCUAUAUCUCUAAAUCUGUAUUUGCAUAUCUGUAAUUACAGCUAUACUGUCUAUAUCUGUGUGUCAACAUAAUUACUAUUAAUGGAGUACAUUAUUUAAUAUUAAAAUAUAUCAAGUACUACAAAGCACACUGAUUUCAAUUAAAAUCAGUUUUACAGCUUUGUUACUCUCCUCUUUUGGCCUUUUGCCUUUUUUUUAUAGGAGACCCAAUACUGACAGGAAAUGUGGGGCAAAGAGGAGGAGUGAUCAACCAAAUGACCUGUACAACAGAGACUGUAGCCUCCAAGUUUGGGGUGCACUUAAAUGUGCCCCAUCUGACGUCAUUUUUACCCCUUCCUCAGUUUGUUGUUCGUCUGUGUGUAUAGCAGUGGACUGCAUGCUGCCACCUACUGUGGUGGAAUGUAUAAACUUUUCCAAACUGAAUAAACAUCUUUAACUGUUGCUUUUAUUAGAUAGAAACGUAAUUUUUCAAAAAAAAUAAUAAUAAUACUACUACCACUAAUAAAAUCUUGCCUUUAUAGUUUAUUCCUAGUUUUAAAAGCCUCUUACUCUGAACCAAACUCCUCAAAUCAAACCCAUAGAGAAAAACUGCAUCUUCCUAAAUCAAACUCACUUUUUUUUAAUGCCAGCUUUCUGCACAGGUUUUCCUCUCCUUUCCUUCCUGUGACAUGGAUUUGCCACAGCAGCCCUGCUAUCAGUCCUCCGGUUCAUAACUUUACAGGUUAUCAAAUAUUAAGCAGCACUGGGACUCAUAAACACAUCUUCAGUGGGACGCUAUGAUUUCACGCUAUAUCACAAACAUUUUAAGGCAUCAGAUGCGCUGCCUGUCAUGGACUGUCAUUUUUGGUGUGUUAAUAAUAUAUCCUGGUUUCUCCCGCAGACAUACUUUGGCACUCAUGGCGCAUAAAUAGGUAAAUAACGCGGAUAAAUAGGUAAAUAACACAGCUGACGUGAGUGGAGGACAACCUUUUAAGUGUUUUUCUUUUUAUAUUUGAUUUUUGUGUUUUUCUUCUUCACAUUUCUAUUUGAUAAACCAGUCAAAGUCCAUAUGCUUAAAUCAAAUAUAGGCCCAUGUCACCCUACAAACAAAUCACUUUGCUCACAGCGCUCCACAGAUUGUCCUAAUUAAGAGCUGUCUAAUUAAAUUACAGCCUUGAGUUAACCAAUGGCGAUACUUGUUUCAUUAGCUGAGAAGGCAGAGUGAUGGAAAGAAAAUCCUCCCUGAUUGCAGGAUGGUGUCAAUUGGCUAAUUUGCUGCCUUCGGUGCUUCAAGUCAUCGCAAAAGGCGUUUUCCUCGUGUUAGAUUUGGAAAAGGCGUGUGCUCAGGCUUGUGAUAUAGGUUCAGCUGAUUGUGGCUUCCUAUUGAGCCAUGCAGGUCGAGAAUUGUAUCUCGCCGGCGAGUGAACUCUCCAAGAAAUUUAUGAAUGUGGGCAGUGGCUUCUCGAGCUCCGAUGGAUCAGAGCUUUCGUUGCAGGACCAUCCUAUUAUAUCUGCGAGUGACAACCUGGAGAGAAGUUCACCUCUGAAAAAAAACUCUAGGGAGAUGACGAAUCAGUCAGAGGCAGACAAUUUUCCCGACUCCAAGGACGCAUCAGGGGACGUCCAGAGGGGCAAACUCUCUCCUGAUCUUCACGGAGUCUCUGACAUCCGUCAUAAUUUCGAUGGAUCUGCAGGAGAAAGGUGCAUCUUUUCUCCAUCCGCACAGCCUCAGUCAGUCUCAGCAGCCACCAUGUUCCCGUACCCAAGCCAGCAUGGACCCGCGCACCCGGCUUUCUCUAUUGGAAGUCCCAGCCGUUACAUGGCCCAUCAUCCGGUCAUAACCAACGGAGCUUACAACAGCCUUCUGACCAACACUUCCCCACAAGGCUACGCCGCGGCCGGCUACCCUUACGCGCAACAGUAUGGACACACGUACCAAGGAGGCGCUUUUUACCAGUUCUCCUCCGCGCAGGCAGGACUGGUGCCGGGGAAAGCUCAGGUGUAUCUGUGCAACAGGGCCCUGUGGCUGAAGUUCCACAGGCACCAAACGGAGAUGAUCAUCACAAAGCAGGGACGGUAAGUGCGCGCACACAUAUGGCUCAUACACCUGCAGAAUUCAUCCAUUUUUGGCAACGUUGCUCUCUAUUCUCAAUCCUUAAAAUAAAAAAGGGGGAAAAACUUGGCAUCAUCCUCAAAUCUCGAAACAAAAACGGAAAACUUAAUCUGAUUUUUGUGCUUUUUUUUUGGCUAAAUUUGUGCUCUUUUUAUUCCCCACAGACGGAUGUUUCCAUUUUUAAGCUUCAACAUCUCUGGGCUCGACCCAACUGCUCACUACAAUAUAUUUGUGGAUGUUAUUCUUGCUGAUCCAAAUCACUGGCGGUUUCAAGGAGGCAAGUGGGUGCCGUGUGGAAAAGCAGACACAAAUGUGAUCGGUAUUACACAUCUUUAUCCAUUCUUGUUUAACACAAUUUUAUCUUAUUUUCCCAAACAUAUUUACCCACUUUUUAUGGCUAAAAAAUAACAUAUAAAAAUCUUUACAUCAAACUUAUUUUUUACAUGGAUAAUCUGAUUUUAUGUGAUAAUUUUUUUGUAUUUUGCUUCUUUUUUUUGUAGGAAAUAGAGUUUACAUGCACCCGGACUCGCCAAAUACCGGUGCGCACUGGAUGCGCCAAGAAAUCUCAUUUGGAAAGCUAAAGCUCACAAACAACAAAGGUGCCUCCAACAACACGGGGCAGGUAACCAAACAUUUUCUCCAAUACUUAAAAUGAUUCAUAUUUUCUUUCUUUUUUUUAUUUGUGUGUGAUCAAGUGUAAAAUACUUUUUUCUUCCUUCUUUUUUCUUUCUUUUUCUUGGACAAUCUAAAUUUCUUCACCCUGAGUAGUUUUCUUUAGACUCUUUUAGCGCAGUUUUUAUUCCUUUAAAAUAAUCAUAAAUUUGUGAAUCCGUUCAGUUUUCUCUUGUAACCAUAAAUCCAAAGUUUGAAGGCGAGUUCCUGACGCGCGUUUCUGAUUGCAUCUCCAGAUGGUUGUUCUCCAGUCUCUCCACAAGUACCAGCCUAGGCUCCAUGUGGUGGAAGUAAACGAAGAUGGGACAGAGGACACGAGCCAACCAGGAAGAGUCCAGACUUUCACCUUCACAGAGACGCAAUUCAUCGCAGUCACAGCCUAUCAGAACACCGACGUACGGCCGCUUCAUGUUCCACAUAACACCGAAAAUAUUCAACAAACCAAACAUCUUUUACAAUUCAGCAGAUUUUUUAUGACGCGGAAAAACAUGUCGAUUUUUGGUUUCAAUUUUAGAAAAAUUUAACUCUUGUUUAAAAAUCGGAGCUGGGUUUUUAUGACAAUCUUUCUUUUAGUCUCAAGUUCCAGCGAGAUUCAAGGGGCCAAUGGCAGAAUUUUGCGCACAUCUCGUGGUUCAGUCCUGAUCAUUUUUUUCCCACACUGACAGUUUGGUGCGUAAAUCUUUUAACACAAUUUAUUGUCUGAUCAGUGCGUCAUUUAUUCCCACAGAUUACGCAGCUGAAAAUUGACCACAAUCCGUUUGCCAAAGGAUUUCGGGACAACUACGACACGUAAGUAGCUCAUUUUUUUCCACUAAGAAUUUUUGUAAUUGUUAAAUCUCCAUUUUGAUUUGCCGAAUUAAUUGGAGGGUCUUUUGUCAAAUUUCUGAAUGAAAGGUGGCUUUGAAAAUAAAAGUUUUGCGCUUUUGAAAAUGACAGCAUUUUAAACACAUUCUUUUUAAAUCUAACAAACAGAAAUUCACAUGAUUAUGAAAGAUUCGUAACGAUCAUUUUUUGUAAUCUGUACAUGACAGUCUGCAUAAUUUCUAUGGUGGUAUUGCAUUUAUAUUCUAACUUUAGUGAGAUAGUGGGAUGCGUAAAAUUUAUGCGUAAAAUUCCCAUUCGAAAAAAAGGAACCAGGACAAUUUGUUCAGAUUUAAUGAAUGUAACUUUGGCUUUUUUCUUUAUUUGUUUUCUUUCUUCAAAAGAUCUGAGCCUCUAGCGUAAAAACGACAUUGCUUCCCUAAAAGAAGCCAUUUGAAAGCCCCCUUCCCCCUGUCAGAAACACACUCACUGCUGAAACGGAUUUUGACCUGAAAGCUUUUGAUUUUUAGACAAACAGCCUGUUUAGCCGCUGAAUUGUUUCUCUGUUUUUCCCUCCAUCUUUUCAGUGUCUACACAGGCUGCGACAUUGACCGCCUAACUCCAUCACCGGGUGACUCUCCGCGUUCACAGAUCGUGCCGGGUGCGAGAUAUGCCAUGCCUAGCUCUUUCCUACAGGACCAAUUUGUCAGCACUUAUGCCAAAUCUCGCUUUCACCCUGGCGUGGGGACUGGGCCUGGCACUGAGCGCAGCGUCCCACUCGGCAACAGCUUGCUCUCCCCGCAGCAGAGCGAGGAGCCCACUGUUGCCACCCCCCCGCAGCGAUGGUUUGUCACCCCUGCCAACAACCGACUGGACUUUGCUGCCUCGGCAUACGACGCCGCGGAUUUCGCCGGUAACGCGGCCACCUUGCUGUCCUACGCGGCGGCCGGAGUGAAAGCUCUUCCCCUGCCGACUGCGGGCUGCUCCAACCGGCCUCUUGGCUAUUACGCAGACCCGUCAGGCUGGGGAGGACGCACGCCGCCGCAGUACUGUGGCGUCAACAGCAAAUCCAGCUCGGUCUUUUCCUGCUGGCCCGCUAACUCUCUCAGUGGGAGAGCAGGGACCAACUACCUGUCCGAGGAGGGAGACUCCAUCCCCACGGAGAGGUCACCGAUCGGCGGCUCUGAGGAGACCAAACCCAAAGACAUGACCUCAGAGUCAAGCUGGAUAGAGACGCCGUCCUCCAUAAAGUCCAUCGAUUCCAGCGACUCUGGGAUCUUUGAACAGGCCAAAAGGAGGAGAAUCUCACCUUCUGCCACGCCUGUUUCAGAGACUGUGUCCCCGCUCAAAUCGGAGCUGCUGGCACCCAGAGAGUGCGAGAAAAACUGCACAAAGGACAUUGGUUAUUACAGUUUCUAUCCUCACAGUUAAACACCCAAACUAUCUAUCUAUCUAUCUAUCUAUCUAUCUAUCUAUCUAUCUAUCUAUCUAUCUAUCUAUCUAUCUAUCUAUCUAUCUAUCUAUCUAUCUAUCUAUCUAUCUAUCUAUCUUUAAAAAAAAAAAGGUUAAAAAUUGAAUGGCCAAAGUGUAAAUUCUUCCACUUCUUCCUCUCUCUCUAACAUGAGCUGGGCGUCCACUGUUAAGUCAGAAUACACUGUAAAUAUAUUGAUAUAUAUAUAGUGUAAAUAUACUAAUUGAUCAUUUGGUGAUAGUGAUUGUACAUAAACUAGAAUUCAUAAGUAGUGUCUUAAAGAACAAGCCCUCCUCUGUCCUGUAGCCUGAAAACUUGUUAGUAAAGAAAGCUAUUAAAAACCUGUACAUGAAAAUGUUCUUGUGUAGCAUAAACUGGCACAAUAACCCCUGUCAGUGAAGAUGUAUUUUGUACUUUAUCAGAGCUGUAGGUUACCAGAUGUUUAUGGCGUUACCGAUCACUGCUAUGUGUUCAUGAUACCUGUGCUUAAAGAAGUUAUAAAUGUUGGUUAAUGUAGACUUAGAGUCUCUUUUAUGUUUUGAUUUGGCAGGUUAUUUUGAUGGCCUGUGUGCUAUAAUGUUGUGGAAAUCUCUGUAUCUGCUGUAAUGUGACUGAAGUAUAAUAAAUGAUGUUAUCAUCAGGAAAAGUA